GGCUCUUUUCCGACCUAAUGACCUUAAAAAAAUCAAACAAACGGCAUUGAUUCUACGAUUAUACGAAGACCAACACAAAUUAGGUGAGGUUAAAGUCUAUAUUCUACCAUAUUAGCAAAUGUUCGUAUUAAGGAAUCCUACUAGGAGGCGUGGACUUCCAGGUGGAAAACAAAACGCCAUUUGAAAAUUGAAACUUCAUCUUGACUCCUUAAAAUCUUCUUCCUUAAACCCCGUAAAUCUGAAGAGAAAAUUCAAAAGAAUCCAUGUACAAGACAUUGAGGUAGCAACAAAUAUCUUUUGAAUCCGUUCGAUGGGUUCCCCGAUUCCAAGGUAUAAUCCGCCUAAGUACGAAGAUUCAAUCAUUUCAAUUGGAUCAUCCUCAUCCUCUCCAACUAGUAAUAACAGCAGCAACUCCAAGAAGAAAUGGUGGAAAUUGAUGCCCGUGGUUGUGAUUUUAGUGGUCAUCUCGGAGAUCGCUUUUCUGGGUCGUCUAGACAUGGCCAAGAAAGCUGACUUAGUCAAUUCCUGGGCUGACUCUUUCUACAAGUUCACGAUGUCGUCGCCCUCUUGGUUGCCGGCGUCUUCCACUAAUUUCAGGAUCGACGUUGACGACGACGACGGCGGCGAUGAUGGUGAUGGCGGUGCCGGUGACCCCCGUGGGGAAUUGAAUGGUACUUGUGAGGAAUGGUUGGAGAAAGCCGACGCGGUUCCUCACUCGAGAGAUUUUGACAAGGAACCAAUCUUUGUCACUGGUGCUGGGCAGGAGUGGAAGACCUGUUCAGCAGGGUGCAAAUUUGGAUAUGAGGAUGGUAUUAACCCCGAUGCUUCAUUUGGAUUACCUCGACAAGGCGGUGCUUUAAGUGUUCUUAGGUCAAUGGAGUCAGCUCAAUAUUACGCAGAAAACGACAUCGCAAUGGCAAGACGGAGGGGCUAUGAUGUUGUCAUGACUACUAGUCUUUCUUCGGAUGUUCCAGUUGGGUAUUUCUCUUGGGCUGAGUAUGAUAUAAUGGCUCCAGUUGAACCAAAAACAGAGAGUGCUAUAGCAGCGGCUUUUAUAUCUAAUUGUGGUGCUCGCAACUUUCGACUGCAAGCUCUUGAAGGACUUGAGAAGGCAAACAUCAAGAUUGAUUCUUAUGGCAGUUGCCAUAAUAAUCGCAACGGAAGAGUGGACAAGGUAAAAGCACUAAAGCGUUACAAGUUCAGCUUGGCUUUUGAGAAUUCUAAUGAGGAAGAUUAUGUUACAGAAAAGUAUUUCCAAUCUCUUGUAGCUGGCACGAUACCCGUCGUUGUUGGUGCUCCAAAUAUCCAAGAUUUCGCUCCUUCCCCUGGCUCUUUGUUACAUAUCAAAGAGCUUAAAGAUAUCAAUCCAGUUGCCAAGACUAUGAAAUACCUUUCCGAGAAUCCAGCUGCGUACAAUGAAUCAUUGAGGUGGAAGUUUGAGGGCCCAUCAGAUUCUUUCAAGGCCUUGGUUGAUAUGGCCGCAGUACAUUCCUCUUGUCGAUUGUGCAUUUUCUUGGCAACCAAGAUCCAGGAAGCAGAAGAGAAGAAUAGCACGGAGUUUCAAAAUCGUCCCUGCAAAUGUACCAGAGGCUCUGAAACUGUCUAUCAUGUAUAUGUGCGCGAAAGGGGGAGGUUCGAGAUGUUGUCGAUUUUCUUAAGGUCAUCUAAUCUGACCUUGGAUUCUUUGGAAUCUGCGGUGUUGUCGACAUUCAAUUCUCGGAAACAUGUACCGGUGUGGAAAGACGAAAGACCCGAAAAGCUCAAAGGAGGGAACGAGCUAAAAAUUUACAGGAUACAUCCCCUUGGGUUGACACAAAGACAGGCCUUAUACAGCUUUAAAUUCAGAGACAACACUGACUUCAAAAACCACAUAGAAAGCAACCCUUGUGCUAAAUUCGAAGUAAUAUUCGUAUAGCAUUGAUCUUCGGAAUGUUCCUCAGUCAGAAGGAGAUUUGUAAUUGUAUUAGCAAAUCAUUGUUACUAAUGAUGGAUUUUUAAAUAGCAACAACAAUUGGGAAGAAGUGUGUGGGGAUAAACUAACGAUUUUAUUUUAUUUUUUUUCCACUAGUAGUAGCUUGAAGUUUGAAAGUAUACACUUUUGUGAGGGUGAUUUAGCUGAGUAUUCUAUACAUUUACUGAAAUAGUAAUCUGGGGCUGACAAAAGCCAUUCAUGCACUUCUAGAAGUGGGAAUGUGUGUUCAAUCAUUGUUUUGAUAUUUCGUGGAUUACACUUUGUUUCAAUCGUUGUCAUUGUACUGUCUGAAAGUUGGGUUGCGGCGAAUUGAACAGCGGCCGAAAUACUCCAAAUCUGGAAUCUCAAGCAGAGUAUCAACUUUUAUUCAAACUUGUGUGCCUAAUUUAGGCAGAUGUGGGUAGCAUUUCUGGGCAUUCGGGAGCAGCAUUCUUCCUUUUUCUUUUUAUGGCUUCAGUUCUUUUCCUUCUUUUUUUUUUAUAUAUUUAUUUAAGUUGGGAAUUGGGAUAAGAUUCUUCAAUAUCUUCUGAAUCUUCACUCCAGUUAGUCUCUGAC